UAUCUUCGAAUAUUUAUUUAGCCUCCUCGCCCUGUAGAACCAUGGGACGACGUUAUGGAUGCCUCGGCUGAUAAAAUCGGUUGCCCAUCAGUUGUCUCUAUUGAAUCUUUAAAGAAGUUGGACGAUGUGAUGGACAUCGAAGACUGCCUCACAUUGACUAUAACCACGCCUGAUGUCACAGGUCGAUAUCCAGUUCUUGUGUACAUACAUGGCGAAUAUUUGUUUGAGGGCAGCAAUGCUGAGGCACCGCCUGAUUAUUUGCUAGAAAAAGAUAUUAUAUUAGUGGCGCCACAGUACCGACUAGGUCCAUUCGGUUUUCUAUCAACAAAAACUGAAGACAUACCUGGCAACGCGGGAGUAUUGGACGUGUAUCUGGCAUUACAAUUUGUUAAACAUUUCAUCAAAUAUUUUGGAGGUGAUGAGAAUCGGGUGACACUAGCGGGUCAAGUAGGUGGUGCAGCAAUCACGCAUUUGCUUGCCAUUUCACCAAUGGUCCAGCAUGGGCUUUUCCAACAGGCUAUAUACCAUUCAGGGUCGGCUCUUAUGCCCAUUUUCCUAGAAGAAAAUCCGCGAAAACUUGCUCAGGAUAUCGCUGAAAAGGCCGAAUGCAAAAUGAAAACAGUGCGGGAUUUAAACGAGUGUUUAAUGGAUUUGUCAGCACUGGAACUACUGAGUGCCUUUAUGACCCAUGCUAUUGAAAAAUCCGAUUUGGGUGUGGGGCACACCGGUGGCAUUCAGUUUACGAUUGGCGGACCCAGCGGCGUGUUGCCUGAGCACCCAUAUAAUUUAAUGCUCAAAUCGAACUUUUCUUACCCCUCAAUGGGUGGGUGCCCAAAGAAUGUUGGUUCACGACUUUUGAAUGAAAUUGUUGAAAAUGACUUCGAAAGCAUCAUACCAGACGAUAGUUACGGAUCGUACGAUUAUAUAGAUCAUGUUAUUCGUCAAGUUGUGGGCACGGAUAAAACAAUGAUGUUGACUAGUUUCAUCACUCACGACUUUUUUAAUAGGAAGUUGAUGGAAAAUGGCACUUUCAGCACUUUGAUACCACGUUUAAUCGAUGUCGGUGGUACUUUGAUGCAUAAACUUCCCGUGCUACUGGCACUAAAUAUGAAUAACAAGCACGUUCCAGACAACACAUUUCUCUAUUCAUUUGAAUACAUGGGCGAGUUCAAUCGGUAUCGUGACUUGGACGAAGAGACUAACAUGCAGAGUCCUUUUAAAGCAGGCAUCUCAUUAACAGAUGAAGCACUAUAUCUCUUCCCUUACCCACAACAUGUCACCAACUUAAGCUCGCCCGAUGUGUCGAUGGCGAAGCGUAUGGUGGACUUAUGGUCUUCAUUUGUGAUUAACGGUAAUCCUCUAAGCGACCUGCGAGCGGGAUAUUGGCCGCCUAUGACCACAUUGUAUGGUCCUUACAUGAAAAUAAGCGAAACGUUAACGGUGAGCGGUAAUUUCUUCAAUGAGUUCUCAGCAACGCUCGUAGACGAAGAAAAUGGUCACAGCUUAGUCCGUGAAAGUUACUACCUGCGGAGGAACCGUGCUAAGAGACGACGCACAGUUAAGCGUAAUAGUCACAACAAACUUAAUCGAAAUACUUUCCCGGAAAUACGUCAUACUUUGCCAAAAAAUGUGUUUAAUUCGUGAUAUUGAUUUAGUUAAAUACUAAGCUUAAUUUUAAAUUCUUAAAUCUUUUUUGCGGACCAUAUAUGUUUGUUUACGUACUUAUGUCAGUAUGCAUGUACUAGGAAUGUCAAUCCCGGGAGCCCGGACUUUUUAAGGUCUCGAAAAUCACGGGAUUCUUGGCAAGUAAUCCCGGGAUUUUCGGGAUUUGUAAUUUGCA